UUCUCAGGUACAUAGCAAGGCAAGUCCACUCCAACAUGGCCACGCCGACUACUGCAGCACUUCGUACCGGGGCGCAAAUGCCGCUGCUAGGGUUGGGGACAGGGCCUGGCUCCGUCGGAACUUGGCAGACUUCAACAGAACCCAUUUACGAAGCGGUUAAGGCUGCCAUUGAUGUGGGCUAUCGUCACAUUGACACUGCUGAAUCAUACGCGGACGAGAAGGCAGUCGGACGAGCGCUACGGGAAAAGAUUGGAUCCGCGGUACAGAGGAAGGACCUCUUCAUCACCAGUAAGUUGUGGAACACCAGACAUCACCCAGAUGAUGUGCUGCCAGCCUGUCAGAGGAGCCUAACCGACCUGGGACUAGACUAUCUGGACCUGUACCUCAUGCACUUUCCUGUGGCUUGGGUGAGAGGGGAAGUGUACUAUCCGAAAGACGAGAAUGGUCGAGCGAUUCUAUGUACACCAGAUGUUCAUUUCAUGGACACAUGGAAGGCGAUGGAGAGUCUGGUGGAUGCAGGCCUGGUGAAGGCCAUUGGUGUGUCCAACUUCAACAUCUCACAGAUGGAGGAGGUUCUGACCAAUGGGAGGAUCAAACCAGCUGUCAAUCAAGUGGAGUCCCAUCCCUACCUAGUGUGUAGCAGGCUGCUUAAAUGUGCUGCAGACAACGAAGUAGUCAUCACUGCGUUCUGCCCACUUGGACGGCCUGGGGAGGCAAACAAACAUGGUAUCACUCCGUUGCAAGAUCCAAAGGUGAUUUCAAUCGCAGAAAAGCACAAGAAAACUCCAGCUCAGGUGUGUCUCAGGUGGCAGGUACAGAGGGGUGUGGUCGUGGUACCAAGGAGCAUCACACCUGCACGAAUCCUGGAGAACUCACAGAUCUUUGAUUUUGAGCUGAGCACGGAAGAAAUGGAAACAAUCUCAAGACUCAACAAAGAUGCAAGGAUCACCAAGUUUGGAAUGUGUGAUGACCAUCCACAGUGGCCAUUCAGUGGAGAUUUCUGAUUUUGGCAAAUUAAAAC